AUGGCAAAGGCAAAAAGCGAGAGCUUGUCAAACCGGCCCCAAUACACUCGGGUGUCGUACCUGCAUCAAGCCGCCUGCUACUUAGCAACGGUGCAGCCAACAACCUCCAACUCAAAGCCAACCGCGGCGAAACCCCACGAUGACGCUCAGCCUCCCCAGGACAAACAUGCCACCACAAACGAGACGCUUGCUCGCCGCUUCAUCUCCGACAUUCGAGCCGUCUCUCUGAAGGCCCAAAUUCGGCCCAGCUCAGCACUGAAGCAGAUGAUGUGCAAGUACUGUGACGCCCUCCUAGUGGAAGGACAAACUUGCGUAACGACAGUCCAGAACUCAAGCAAGGGCGGCAAGAAGCCUUGGGCGGAUGUCAUGGUCACCAGAUGCAAGUCCUGCGGCCAUGCAAAGCGCUAUCCUGUGAACGCUCCACGACAAAAAAGGCGGCCCUUCCGGGGGCCCAAGGAAGUGCCAGUGGAGGAGAGCCACAAGGACGUGGAAAUGAAUGAACCAGAGGCUGCGGUGUCGGAUGAGCAAGCCGCAGCUGAUUGA